GUUAAAGAUAUGCUGCAAUGUCUUAGAGAAGAUCUAAUCUGUGAAGAUCUUAUUAAAAUUCUCAAAAAAUAUGCUAGGGCAAUUUUAUUCUUUAUCAAGGACUAUAUUAAGAAUUCUAAGGAUAUUAUUAAUAAUAUUAUUUUUAUAGUUAAUAGCCGGGAGCUUGUGCUGGUCAAGGAUAUAAAGAUAUCUAGUCUUUGUAAGUAUUAUCUGAUGUUAUUUAUCGGAAAGAUAUAA